AUGCAAAAGGAAAUUUAAAAUUAUAUUGGAGAAUUUAGUCUUGAUUAUACUAAUGCUGCUAUUUUUGGCAAAAUAUAAUUGCAAGUGCAUAAAUACUUAAUUCUUAUUGUUAAUUCAUAAUGUAUAGGUUAAUUGUUAGGACAUGAGAUCUAUUUGAUUAAAUAAUUAGUUUUCUAUCCCUUAUCAGAAAGUGAAGUCAUUCAUAAAAAUGAUUAAAUCUAUAUUGAAAUGAUCAAAUCUAUUCUUUGUGAUGAUUCCUGUUAUUAUAGUUUAACAUAUAAUCUUACACAUAGUUUAUAAUUUAAGAAGAAUAGAAACAGAUUUGCUAUUAAUCAUAAAUACUUGGAAGAAAUUGAAAAUAAAACCUAUGUAAUUAAUGGAUGUGUGUAAAUCUACAAUAAUGCAACACUUACAUAUUGUUAGAUUGUAAGAAGAGAAUGUUUAAGACAAGGUAGAAGAUUUACUUAAAGAGGAUGUGAUUAAUAGGGUAAUUGUACUAAUUACACAGAAAUUGAAGAUGUAUAUUAAAUAAACAAAUCUACAUAUUCUUUUAUUUAAGUAAGAGGAUCAUUACCUUUCAAAUGGUCCUAAUUACCAUAUUUGAAUCCAAAACCAAAUAUUGUAUAUUUUAUAUUAUAUUUAGUAAAUUGAUAGCAAUUCUGAUAAUAAUAUAGAAUUAUGUAAUGCUCAUCUAUUUACAUAAAUCUAAUAUUAUAGAGAGAUGUUUAUAUUAAAUUUAAUUGAUCGUAAAGGGAAAUAAUAAAAACUUGGAAAUUAUUUUUAAUCAAUUUUAGAGUCUUUUUAAAGAAGAGAAAUUUAAUAUUUUUGGUUUGAUUUUCAUUAAGAAAGAGCAAAUCUUAAUAAAUUAGUUGAUGAAAUUAGUUCAGUUUUAGAAUAAUAUGGUUAUUAUUAAAUAGCAAAUUAAAAUACUAAAUUAAUUUCUGAAUAAAAGGGAGUUUUUAGAGUGAAUUGCAUGUCAUGUAUAGACAGAACAAAUGUUGUUUAAUAUUUAAUAAGUAAAUUCAUUUUAGAGGAAAUUAUUUAAGAUGCUGGUUUAGAAGAUUCAUUAGAAUUUAUACAUAAAAAAGUUUGGAUUAAUUCAGGAAAUUAAUUAAGUAAAUUAUAUUCAGGUACUAAUUCAUUAAAGAAUAAUUAUAUAAGAUAUGGUAAAUAAACUAAGUAUGGAAUGAUUUAAGAUGCAGUUUUAUCAACUAAAAGAUAUUUCUUAAAUCAUUUUAAUGAUUAUCAUAUACAAAAUAGUAUUGAUUUAACUCUUGGUUUAUGGGAUAUGAAUGAUUCUCGAUUUCAUAAUUACAAAUUUGAAAAUUCUCUUCAGAAAUGCAUACUUAUAGUAUUAAAUAAUAAUUAUUAAAUAGUUUAUUUUGCUGAUGAUUAUGUUCAAUUAUUUAAAUUUGGGUAUUCUUAGUCCAGCUCUUUCAUUAGUAGUUUUAAACUACUUUCCAUAAAUUUAUUAAGUAAGAUCAAUACUAACAUAAUGA